AUGUCUGUCACGGACGUACAAAAGUGUAAUGUAUGUUGUCCCAAUACUUACUGGAGGUUGAAAAAGAAACUGAAUCGGGAUUUCUACGCCUUCGCCAAUCGCAACCAACACCUCGUCGGACUUGCCCCGUCGAAACUCGAACUUCACGCCGAUGCCCUCUUUCUCGCGGAUGGCCUUAUCCCGACUCCCGCUGCGCAGCAGCUGAGGGGCGAGAUUGCGCAUAUCCACCGGUUGAAGGAUUUCUCGCUGCAUUUGACUUUGGCUCCUGCUGACUGCAAGAAAGUGAUUGAAGCUGGUUGGGGCCAACGGCAUAGAUUAUCUGGGGUUCAAGCUCCAAAGGCGCUUUUUGGAGGAAAGGUGAUCUCGCUUCCGUCGGAGUAUGUUUUGAUUUAUGCCCCGCGCACUGAAGAAGAGACUGCGUUUGUGGUGGAGAUCGUUGUUGCUAGUGUGAAGUAUAUGACUGGAUCUUUGGAGGUCAGGUAG